UAUAUAUAGUCGCUUACUGAAGGUGAUCUUCGAGCGGGUCUCUCUAUGCAUAAAUCACGUGCCAGUGCCAGUGCCGCCGAAAACAGAAUUAGUCGGAGGAGCAGAGCAUGGAGAACGGAGAAUGUCUUGUGACUGGGCUCGACGCUGCUCGGACGGCUAGAAAUUUAUGUAAAUGCAUGGAUGGAGAGACCCUGAACUUGAAACGAGUCGAUGGAGAAUGGCGGACGCGGACUCGGACCCGCCAAAGCAGAUCGCUUCAGUCUGUUGUUGAGCGAAACGGAGAGCGGUCGAAGAUCGUGCUAGAAUCGAAAGAUAAUAAUAGUUUAUAAGGAAACCAUGUACAGGUCGUGCUGUUGGUUGCUGCUCGUCUCCAUGCUGGCUGUGGUCGGGGCAGGCACUCAGAGUCGGGAAUAUUUGCCACGCCGCCAGCCUCAAGCGUACUUCUACUCGACGCCAGCUCCGCCCAGCACCAUGGCAGCCCUACGGCGGAUUAUUCAAGGCCAUCUGCAGCGCUUCCAGCUGGCGGACAGUGCACAGUUUUCGCGGCGAGCCCUCAAUCAGCAGUCCAAAACGGAAGCGGGCUCCAAGGCGAUGCAGCUGUUGGUCUACCGCGUGCCCGCCGCCUCGGAGAACAUACUGGACUACGCCCUGCCGCCGAAUUCGCCAACACCAAAGAACUAUGCACAGAAUUUCCUGCCCGACGGCAAGGAUGUGGUACCCGGAAGCUCUUACAUACCGCUGCGAUUACUCUUGAUACGACGCUGAUGCUGAUGCUGACGCUGACGAUGAGGAUGAGUUGUUGUCGCGUUGUCGGCGGCACCGUGUGUUGUUCAAACGAGUUCGGCUGCGGCUUCUGGCCUGGCUGCGGCUUCUGGGCUGGCUGGGCUGCUGUGGAAUGCCGUCGUCUCGAAUCGCAGCGAAGGCAACCCGUGGAUGAGGCUAAUUUGUUUUAAUCUUACUGGUUCUUAUAACAUAUAACUUAACGAUAUUUUAAUUCUUUGUUUUAAGGCCACUGCUGGCAUUUAAGUGCGACAAUCUAAUUUAAGUCAAAACACAACAUCCACGCGAUCCACGCACCUUCCCCUCACCACCCCUACCACGCUAUGAUCAUGAGUUACGACCCUUUCACAUCCAAUAAACUCGACUAAUAAACUAUGAAAUACA